AUGGCGUUCAGCGGCGCCCAGAUGCUCGCUGCCUUCACCAUGGGCUUUCUUCUCAUGGCCUUAUGUGUGGAGGCUCGGGUAUGCAUGUCCCCUAGCAAGUCGUACAAAAGGAGCCCUUGCAAGAACGUGCGCUGCACCGCGGCCUGUCACAAAGAACACUUCAAGGGUGGGUACUGCUCUAGUAAGAAGUCAAUUGUUGGCGAUGACCACAACGAAGACAACGAGGAGAACUUCUAUAAGAAACGUCCUAAGAAAAAGACGUGCAUGUGUACAUAUGAAUGCGGUAAAGCCCCGCCACCAUCGUCAGAACCUGAUGUGCCAGAGCCACCGGGUGAACCCGUGGUGCCGGAUCCUCAGAAGAAGCCGCCACCGCCAUAUGAAGGUGACGUGCCGGAGCCGCCCUUGGGAGAACACAAGAAGAAGAAGCCGCCGCCAGCUGCGGACCAGUGA